AUGGCAGCGGACACGCAGGUUUGUGUGGCAGAUGUUUAAAAUUGUGCUGAUUCCUCCUCGAGAAUUUGUCUACCAAAUACUUUUGACAAUGAAGAUGUGAUAUGAGGGAUAAUUACUUUGUGGCUGGCUGUAUGUUUUCCUGUUUAAAAAAAUAGAUCUGGCUAUCCAGCUGGCUAUCCAGCUAAACAGUCUAUCCAGCUGGCUAAGCUAGCUAGCAACGUUACAUGCGGAGAGUGCAGGGGUUUAAUAAUGACUCCAAACGUUUCUAUUGGACAGGUUCAGCAAACCGGGAGGGCCCUACAUGCAACUGUCCAAUAGAAACACUAGUUUUCGUUGCAAAACUUUCUAUUUUGAGUAAUGAUUAUAACCCAGGGGUGUAUUCACUAGGAACCAAACGGAGCGAAACCGGGAGGAAUCUACCUGGAUCUGUCAUAGGAACUCUCGUUGUCGUUGGAAAACGUUCCGUUUUGAAACUGUUUGGACUAAUGAUUACACCCCACAUAGUUCUGGCUAGUUUAGCUACUAACGUUACUAGCAUUGCCGACUCAACUCCACGAUUCGCUAUGGAGUUGAGCGGCGACUAGUGUGGGCGGAACUGGAGUUCUGACGUUUAUCAAAAACUGCGUUUCAGCACACGCCGCGUUCAAGUGCACGUCGGAACUUCGAAAUUCUGAAAUUUCAGAGUUUCCUAGUUCCUACUAGCAUUUGAACACAGCAACAAAGAAUAGCCUCCAGUUAGACACGACAACGUCAUGUUUUUGAUAACGUCAAUUUAUGUGACGUUGGAGCUCCAGUCCGCCCACACUAGUCGCGGCUCAACGUGUCUAGUUAGCUGUUAGCUAACUACUAAGCGAGUUUUGUCGUGCGUAUUGGUGACCAACUCCGUUGAUUGAGAUACAUCGAAAUUUUAGCAAGCCUAACUAAUUUACCUGUUAGGUAGCAUGCCGCAUUUCAUGAAAUUGUUCUUUGUUGGUAACAGCCUAUUUUUGUUGGAACUUGAUUGCUAUUUAAUGCUAUCCAGUUAUAAACACGACUGUCUUCUGAAUGUCAUAUAAUGCGUUUGGUGACCACGCCUCAGUAUCCAGAAUGUUGCAAAUUAAAAUGUUUUGAUUGUUAUGAGUGGUCUGAUAAUUUCCUGCCCGAUGUCAUACCAUAAAAAUCUCAGAAGAUUUAUUUUUCAUCUUGAUCAAUUGACGAUUUCUGGCAACGUUAUAACUUUAAACGUUGUCAUUUUUAUAAAUGCAGUGCAAGUGGUUCAAAUGAUUGACGUUGCGCUACAGAGACACAUUGCCAGCCAAAGCUUUCUUUUUUGAUUUUGGAUGUCUGUCUAUUGCACCAGGUUUCAGACACACUGAAGAAAUUUGCUGUGAAAGUGACCACAGCCAGUGUAAGAGAGCGCAAGGAGGUCCUUGGCGAGUUGAAGCAGUGCAUUAGUGGCAAAGGUGAGUAGACAGAUGCCCAAGUCAGCAUAAUUGUUUUAAUUUCUGCUCUCACUCUUUGUGUAUUAUUUGGCUUGGAUGGUCAAGAUUAAAGUAAACUGGUGUCGGGUGAUUGACAAUGUGUAUGUGUCUCCAUACAGAGCUACCAGAAACAGCCAUUAAAGGGCUAUGCAAGCUCUUCUGUCUCACGCCACACAGAUACAGGUAGGUGCCCUCAAUUAGCCUACUGCUCUUCAGGAUUCCCCUGUUAGUGAUUUGUUGGUAGUGUGUGUUGUGUUAAAAUGAAAACAUGUUGGCUACUCUGUAGGGAUGCUGCAUCUCGACGAGCUCUCCUCUCUGUCAUUGGCCUAUUGGCUGAGUCUCAACCUGAAAUCCUAGCAACCAGCCUCCUCCACUGCCUCCUCAACAGUGGUGUCAUCAGCAAGAAUGGCACGCCCAGGUAGGACAUGGGGAAAGGUAGAGGGUUAAGGCUAAAUGCUUUGUAUAAAUUUGUUUACACAUUUACAGUGCAACGUUGUACUAAUUCGACCACAUAUUGAAUACCUUGUUUUUGUUCCCUGUCCAUCUGUUGUAUGUUGUGGUGUUGUCAGUAAGAGCACAGGCUCGGCAGCCUUCACCGGGCUGGCCUGGACCUGCCUGCUGGUUCGCUCUGUGUUCUCGGCUCCAGAGAAAAGAGAGGGCCCCAUCUGGAAGAAACUGGUAAAUGAACGAGGACACUGCUUAUAGAAGCCUUGCCUUUCUCUAUACUGUGAAACAAUUUCAGCAUGUCAGUUAUCAGUAUGCUUUCUAGUUCCACACCAUUUGUGGGAAAUGUUAGGUUGUUAUGUGAAUUAUUUAACAAACUAUUUCAGUGUCUCUGUGCGUCUCCCAAAAGGAUCAAGAAACUGACAGAGUCCCGGUCUGCAUAGUCAGAGAUGUUUAUUCAUUGAGAAUUCUGCCAUCACAAUUUCAGAGUCCAUCUUUUAUACUCACACGUCAUACAAAAAUCCCUCCCCUCUUUAGGCGGGCUGUAGUUUUCCACUUUAAAACUGCUCUCCUGACCAUCAGUUCACACACACACACACACUCUCUUCCAAGCCUAACAGUUUCUCUCCUCCCUAAAUUCCUCAGUUAUCUUGGUUUCUCAGUUGCCUGUAGACAGUUCUCCUUGUCCUUUGUUGUCUGGCCUAAUUCUUACUCACAUUGCUAAAUAGUAACACAAUGUCAUAAUCUUUACUGGUCCUACACUCACACAUUACCAGGUAGUAGAUUCUAACACAUCUCACACUGUUUCGGAGUAUAAUAAUUAGUCACUACUAAGAAAGUACUAAUCAUACUUAAAACAAUAACAUUUCACAACUAUAUUUAAGGGUGGAACAUUUAGUCAUUACUUUUAACCUGUAUAUAUUUUAAUUUCUUUAUCAUGGGUUUGGACUUUUGUGCAUUUAUUCACCGUCCAUGAUUCACUAUCUUUCCUCUGACAGGUGGAGGUCCAGAGUUUGCUGCUGGCUGAGGUGGUGGGUGGGGCUCAAGCAACAGCACUGAAGUCAACCCUGAAGAACCUGAGCCACAUGUGGAAAAAGGUAAGGAAGGUGUGGGUUGGCAUUCAAGGAAUGACCAGACAGUUACAAGGAAUAUUUGGGCACUGUCAUCAUGGUCCAGUGUAUAAUCACUAUAUUGGAUCUGCUGUGAUUUAGAAUGCUUGUCUCUGCUGUUUUCAUCAGUACCCUGGCCUGGCUGAUCAGUAUAUAAGCACCAUUUUGAGUCUGGAACAGAACCCCAGCUCACUGGCUCUGCUCGGGGUGUGUCUGGACUUCUGCACAACUCACAAAGACAUGGCCACUGUAGAGAAACACAAGGUGAGUGUGAUAUUAGUUGAAUUCAAUAUAUUUCUAUAUAAAAAGAAAAUAAAUCUCACUGAUUUCGUCAGCACAUAUGGUCACAUUUAAGAUCUCUAACCAAUUCUGUAUUCUGUUUUCAGAGUGCCAUAUUGGACCUGUAUAUGAAGGCAGUCCUCAUGAGCAAGACUAGACCACACCAACACAUACUGGUGAGUGGAGCUGGACUGCCCCUUAAACUGCAUUUCUCAGGGAGAUCAAACGAUUGGAGUUCACAACCUGAAGACCACCCAUAGCCACAAUUUAUGUGUAUUGUGAAAUAUUGUGGGUGUUGGUGCUGAGAAUUAUUCUCUGUAAUGUGUUUUGUGUUCCUCUGCAGGACAAGAGUGGUUCGUUGCUGCGGCAUGUUUCCCACUCUGAGUUCAAGGAGCUGCUGCUGCCUGCCCUGCAGAAGGCUAUGCUCCGCAGCCCAGAGAACGCCAUGCAGAGUGAGUACAGUAGCCAAUAUCAUAACCAAUACCACAACACACUUUUGUGUAUAUUCCGUACUAUGUUUUGUAGUUUUGUCCUUUCAAGAUAUAUUUUCCUCUCCUUCAGCCGUCUCCUGUCUACUGGCUUCAGUGACGCUUGACCUCAGUCAGUAUGCCAUGGAUAUUGGAAAAGGCAUCGCAAGUAAGUCAGGCCUUUAUAUGUAGAAAUGAGCUUUUUGAGGAUGUGUGUGUAACCAGGCUGUGUGUUUCAGGCCAGCUGAAGGCCAAUAACCCCCAGCUGAUGGAUCAGGCAGUGCAGGCCAUGCAGAACCUGGCCAAGCAGUGUAGUGACCCCAGCGCUGUACAGGACGUCGUCACACACCUCUUCAGCAUCCUGGGAGGCAAGGACAGCUCACUUUAUUGUCACCUAAGAAACAUUUGAGCACAUAUGGCACAGCACCUAGUGUAAAGUAUAUUUUUGCACUAACAGAACUGUGUGUUUUCAGGGUCAGAGGGGAAGCUCACAGCGUUCGGCCAGAAGAUGAGUGUGCUGUCAGGUAACGUGGUCCCAAGUGUCCUGUCUUUCAUAACCCACACAUAGUAUGUAGUCUUGCAGACAGAUAGCUGUUGUCUUUUAACCCCUGUUUUGAUUGGUUUUGACUUGUUCUGUCCAGGUAUCGGCAGCUGCAGCCAUCAUGCUGUGUCGGGCACCUCCAGCCAAACGCUCAGCUCUGCAGUCGCUGUGCUGUUUAUCCCUUAUCUGCAACAAGAAGGUAAGAACUAUGUCUCAUUCCUUCCUCCUUCUCAUUCCCUUUAUCCAUAAAGAGAGAGGUGCUCAUGUUGUUUCUCUCCGUCAGUCCAUGAGGGGACCCUGGUGCACGCGGUUGCUGUGCUGUCUCAGUGGAGUGGGCGGCUCACGGUGGAGGUUCCCAAGGCUCUGCUGGACUGGUUAAAGAAGGCCUUCACUCUCAAGACCUCCACCUCUCCUGUCCGCCACGCAUACCUGCAGGCCAUGCUAGGGGCUUUCAAAGGUCAGUUAGUCACAGGCACUGGGCAACUAUGUUAUUUGUGUGGGCAUUGAUCCAGUUCUACAGAAUGCAGGAGGCACUGUGUCACAGUCCUGACCCCCCUCUCAUCCACAGGUGACACUCUGGGACAGGCAUCUGACCUAAUGCCCCUCCUCCUCCAGACAGUGGAGAAGGCUGCGGCCCAGAACUCCCAGUAUGCCCUGCUCUCAGAAGGUGUGGCUGCUGCCGUUCUCCUGAGUCGACUGUCUCUGCUGGAGACUCAGACAGGUGAGCGAAUCUAGGAUGAUGACACCCCAUGAGAUUAAUGAAGGCCUAGAUCUUUGACUCUGUUGAAUGAGGUUGCCUGUAGGGGACAGCGUCCUUGUUCAUCAGUUUGGAGACUGGCAUAAAAUGUUGUGUUUGUCUUUGCUGCAGAGGCGAAGUUGGCUGGCUUCUGGAACCUGAUCCUGGAUGAGAAGAAACCCUUAUUCACCACAGAGAAGUUCCUCUCCCAGGCCAGUGAGGAAGGUGAGGCAUAAACAAACACUACACAAUACACAAAUAUGCACAAGAUCAGUCAUCACACAAGUGUCAAGAUAUGGAAUGACAUUGAGUAGUAAACCUGUCUUCUUUCACCCCAGCCCUGUGCACAGUGAUACAGCUGUGUGAGAGACUUUUCCUGGACCACUCCCACAGACUCACCAAUGGCAAAUCACAGUGAGUGAUUUGACACUGGUCAUGCAUAGCUGUUUUCCAAACAUUGUUCCCAUUCCCCUCUGAACUGUAACUCCAUUGCUCCCCUUUCCUUAGGAUGUACCACCGUGCCACUGCAGCGGUGCUGCUGUCUCGUAGUUGGCGUGUGCGGAAGCGGGCACAGCAGAUCGUGAAGAAGCUGCUCUCCUCCCUGGGUGGCUCCGGCCUAGCCUACGGCCUUUUGGGAGAACUCAGAGUGGUCAUCAACAAACACAAGGUAAGAAUAGUUGGCUAUGGGAUGCACUAAGAAUUUUAAUGGAUUUGUAGUGUCAGGUCUCACUUCAGUGGGACUAUAAACUUGUAAUGACUGAAUAAUUACAUUGGGAUGUUAGACAUGGAUCUUUCUUUGUAUUCUCUACAUUAUGUUUUUGUCAUAAACCAGGUUUCCAUUCAACUUAUGCGAGUAAAGUACAUGUUGGAUAAAAAAUGUCACGACAGGCCUGGUGGAAACAGGGUGGGAUGUUUUUGUGUCUGUAAAAUUAAUUAUGCGAGAAAUGGAGGCGGAAACGCCUUAUUGUGCAAAUAUUGAAAGAUUAACCAUCAUAUCGAAGUCAACUUGGAGUCACGCGAUGAUGUGGUCCUCCCACUACGACUCGGGAAAGCAUGCAGUUUAUUAAGCUACAGAUUAAAUUAGUUAUGAUGAAUUUCACAACUUGAUGCUGCUUUCCAAUGAAUAUCGAAGGUCUUAUUCUGGUGACAUGAUUAUCGGUGCUUGGCUGCCGUUUGACAAAUAAAAAAAUAAAAAAGGAAUCUCAUCAUGUAGGUAGCCACACCCUACACUGUGUCUGCGCACGUGCCAAGACCAGAGUGGGCACAUUCACUAUAUAACACAACAUGUUCUGUGACAAAACUAUCAGUAGAGUUGAAAAUUCGAUGGAACCCAUUUACUUUUAUUUUUUUAUUGGGUACAUGGGAAUUUAACCGUGUACGUUUCAAGUCAAUUUGAUGGGAACACAUCUCUGGUGGGAAAAUGCACAUAUUGUUUUUAUACAGAUUUUAGAAUAUUCACAUGAAAAUCUUUGCCAAUUGGAUGCAAACCUAGCUAUUGACAAAUACUGCAUCUUUAUCUUUCCCCAGGUGUUGCCUCAGGAGGUACUGCAGAUGGAGUCAGGGGAGUUGUCGGAAGUCGGUAAGGCCUACAGUCCCCCUCGCGUCCUGCUGGAAGCACUGUGUGUGGUGUGCUCUGUAGCUGGCCAGUGGAACGACCCGGCCGAGGCAGACAAGAUGGCCAUGGAGAUCCUCAUCGUCACCCACCAUCCCUCUAUAGGUCUGUUGGAUUACUUGUUGCUGCGCACUAUAGCAUCUUUCACACUGCAGUUUGUAUAAACCCACUACUAGUACUGACUUAUUUCCUCCUCUCCGACGAUGCAGUUGCAGCUCGACCUGGGCUGUGGCCUUACCUGCUGUCCAGCAUGAACAUUAAGGCCGAUGAGUUCAUAGACAAGAACCUGGAUGACAUUCUGCCACUGCUGCUGGAGACCAACACUGACAAUCAGGUCGGAACAUAUUUCUCAUAUUGACAUCCUUAUAUUAGAUCUACACAUUACAAUACACAUACGUACUCACACCCAAGGGUUGGUUAAGGCCCACUUUUGCUCUCGUGAUUGGUUGAGACAAGCCUAUGGUCCAACUUGUCCUGUUCUCUGAUUGGCUGACUGAUGGUUGGUCCUCGUUUCACCAGGCUGUAAGGAAUGCGGUUGGUGCCCUGUCCGGUCUCUCUCCCAUCAAGGUGUUGCCGCGGGUGAUGGAGCAUGUGACACAGUGGCUGUCCAAUCCUGCGCUGCGGCAGGUCACCAGAGAGGAGUACGCUAUCAUGCUCACCCCUGAGGGAGAGCUGUAUGACAAGAGCAUCAUCCAGAGGUAGGACACUAACACACUGUAUUACUACUGUGGGUUUACCAUUGUAGACAGCAAGAACACUUGUCAUUGAUCCAAACACCUUGGCUAUGUUGAUUUUCUUUGUUGUUGCUUGUAAGGCUUGUUUCAACAUUUCAUUCUCUUCCUCCCACCUCCCCUGUCCUGUGCAGUGCCCAGCAGGAGAGCACUAAGAAGGGCAACAUGAAGAGGGAGAACAAGGCCUACUCGUAUAAGGAACAGAUUAUAGAACUGGAGCUGCAGGAGGUGAAACUGGGGGACUGUGAUUGCCGGGGACUAGAUGUAGCGAGGCCUGUUAACUGUUGCACUCUUACCUCAUCUUAUUGGUUAAUAGAUACAGGAGCAUAUUGGAACUGUUUGAUCCUCCUCUGUUAAGUUAGCAGAAAAUGUAGAUGUUGAAUUACGAUGGAACCAUUAUUAAUUGAAUAAAUUAGUUAUGAAUUGAACUGGGAUUUUGAUGUGUUUUAGGAGAUCAAGAAGAAGAAAGGAAUCAAAGAUGGGUUACAGCUGACCAGCAAACAGAAGGAGAUGAUGCAAGCCCAGCUGGAGAAAGAGUCCUCCAUUCGCAAGAGACUACAGGGGGUACGGCCAGACAUUUUAACACGUAUCCCGUUUCUCAAACUUUAGAUUCUAGACAUUGACAUAAUAAUAUUCCUGUUGUUUGAUUGUCGUUGUCAGUUGGACAUGGAGCUACAGUGUGCGGUGGGUCUGCUGGAGGCAAUGUUGAUCCAGAAGCCUCCCCAGAUCUCCUGGCAGCUCCCAGGGGUCCUCCAGGUCCUACUGCCUCUCCUCCACUCCCCCUUGGCUGCCCCACGCCUGCAGCAGGUCUUCCUCGACAUAGGAGCCUGCCUCAUUCCCAAGGAGCUGCACUACCUGGGUACAUGGACUACUACACAAGGGAGAGCUUUCUCUCACUUCCCUCCUCUGUCCUUGUUCACACACCUUCAAAGAUCUGACAGGACUGGAUAGGAGAAAACAAUAUAAUGGAAACUCCAACUAGCCUACAUGAAAACUGGAGUUAUUGCUUAUACCUGUCUAGUUGUCUGAUCUGUAAAUGGGAGUGAACAAAGAUAAAGUGGAGGGAAAUACUUUCUGUGAUGAAAUGUUCUCUAACCUCCUGCAUGUUCUACUCAUGGUCUUCUCCUACAGCUGUGCUGGUGGGCCAGGUGACACUGCGCCUGAUGAAACCUGAGUGUGAUCUGGACGAGGCCUGGGGAGAGGAGGAUCUAGACACAGCCACCCAGCGCUCUGUCGGGCUGCUGCACAUGCACACUGUCCCACACAGAGAGGGCAAGGCUGGUGGUGAGGACACACAGAGAGAGAGGGCAAGACGGGGGAGACAAUACUGACAAACAACACACAUCAAUGACAUCAACAUAGUGCGAGUAUAUUACCUGCAGGUGGCCUAAUGCUCUCAUCCUGUUUCAGACAUGGCUCCGCUGUCUGCCCCAGCCUUCUCCUUCUGUUUCCCCCUGCUCAACACCGUGCUCAGGGACUCCUCGGGCAGCACCGAGGAGACGGAGAGCAUGCAGGUCCGCGCCCUGCAGGUCAUCAAUGUGCACGCUCAACUCCGCGCCGAGGUUGACACCACAGACAUACUCAUCGACGAGGUAAGAGUUGGAUCAAGUUUAUCGCCUAGCAGUGCGUUGUCACCUCACUUUGUCUGAGGUGGUCUCAUAUCAAUGUAUAUACUUGUCCUCUCUUCCUAAACUCCACUCUAUCAUAGACAAAGGGCUUAUGUUUGUAUGACUUGUCUCUCUGUUUUGCCUCUCAGAAUGGACCUGAGCUGCUACCUCGUUUCGGUAUGCUGCUGCUGCUGACCAGAGUCAUCUCCACUGCAGCACCCAGGCUGCAGGUACACACUCAAACACCAUGCUUCUACUAGCCUGACGACUCACACAAAAUUAUUCCGCUGCUCUGUCAUUCGCCGCUACAUACUUUAGUCUGAGACUGCCGUCAUAGAAGUCGUUUGUGGUGAAGAGAGGCACGAGGGGCGUUGUACAAAAGUCAUCAGUGAUUGGAUUGUCUCUAACCAAUCAGAGAAUCAAAGCCAAUGACGAAUUUUCAAACCGCCGCUUCACCCAUGUGUGUUUUGGCUCUGGCUCAACCCAUCCGUUUCUGGACCAAUCAGACGGCCCCGAAUGUGUUCGCAUUCGGUGAAGGGUCGGGGAGGUACACGGAUCCAGACUCAUUGCGGAGAAGAAUUAACGUCCGCAAGGAGUCUGUGUAGCCAGGCAAUGCUUCUACCACAUUUACAGACAAAUGCUAACCAGUAGAGCUAUCACAUAUGUUUAUACAGUGUGUUUGUGUAUGUUUCAGGUGCUGGCGUCCCAGUGUUUGACGGCGGUGUGUGCCAGUGGAGGAGGAGAGCAGGGCUGUGCUCUGGCUGAGCAGAAUGAGAUAGAUGUCCUACUGGAGGCUCUACUCUCCCCCUGCUUCUCUGUCAGAGACGCUGCCCUCAGGGUGAGGAAAUAGGAAACUGCUUCUACCCCAAAGCCAUAACUGCUGAACAGUUAAACGGCUACCCAGACUUUCUGCUUUUCACCCCCUACCUACAUGUACAUAGUACUUCAAUCAAUCACCUAACCAAACCUACAUGUACAUAUUACCUCAAUCACCCCAACUACCUCGUACCCCAGUACACUGACUCUGUACUGGUACUCUUUGUAUAUAGCCUCAUUAUUGUUAUUUUAUUGUUUUACUAUUUUCUUUUUUAUGUAUUUGUUUACUUUCUUUUUAACUGCAUUGUUGGGAAAGGGCUCGUAAGUAAGCAUUUCACGAUGAAGUCUACACUUGCUGUAUUCGGCACAUGACAAAUGCAAUUUGAUUUGAUUAGUGUGUGUGUACUGUGUGUAAUUACUGUGUGUGUGUCUUUGGAUGUGUGCUAAUGUCCCACCUCUCUCUCUCUCUGUCCAGGGCCUGUUGGAGAUGGAGAUGGCUCUGCCUACAGAAAGUACAGAUGCCAGUGGUCUGAGUGUUCUCCGCAGGCUGUGGGUGUCCAGGUUUGAUGUGGAGGAGGAGGGAAGGACUCUGGCUGAGAAGUAAGUAGCUAAUGUUGUCCCCUCUAUGUAAUACUUUGAAUAUAGGAUGUAGCUCCCCUCUUCAGAAUGACAGCUUUUGUGAAGUAGCGCGUCUCCUGUCUCAUGUAGCGUAGCUGCUGUGACUGACCAUACCCCCCUGGUCCCCUUCUCUCCCCCAGGCUGUGGCAGGCUCUGUGUCUGGAGCUGGUCCCUGAGCUGUGCUCUCUGCUCAUCGGGGAUGUGACCCACCAUGAGGAGGCUGUGCGUACUGCCGGGGCCGAGGCUCUGUCCAGAGCUAUCAGCGAGUACCGCGACCAGUCCCCCAUAGUCCUGGGCCAGCUCAAUGAGCUCUACCACCAGAAACUCUACGUGAGUCUCCCUCCCCCGUGUCCCUCCUAUCACAGCUCCGAAAUAGGCCCUAGUCACUGGGUAUCAGGAGUGGUGUAGAAUUGUAGGCUAGAACCAUGGUCAAUGUGAAACUGUUGUGUUUUUACAGAGACCCCCUCCUGUCCUGGAUGCUUUAGGACGAGUGAUCUCUGAACAACCACCUGACCAGUGGGAAGCCAGGUUAGAAAACGCUCUGCCAUUCAACAGUGUCAAUACAACUCUUAUUCCACUCUCUAGAUCAGGGCUGCCCAACCCUCUUCCUGGAGAUCUACUGUCCUGUAGGUCUUCAGUCCAACCCUAAUUUAGCAUAUCUGAUUCAGCUAGUUAAGGUCUUGUUGAGCAGCUAAUAAGUAGAAUCAGGUUUGUUAAAUGAGGGUUGGACUGAAAACCCACAGGACCGUAGAUCUCCAGGAAGAGGGUUGGACAGCCCUGCUCUAGAUCCUCAUUUGCUUUUACUAAGUGGGACCACCUUGUGCAUGGUGUCUAAGGGUGUGUUGGUGUCUGCAGGUGUGGAAUCGCCCUGGCUCUGAACAAGCUGUGUCAGUACCUGGAUGAGCCCCAGGUCACCCCUCUCUUCCUGUUCUUUGUUCCUGACGCCCUGAAUGACCGUCACCCUGAGGUGCGGCGCUGCAUGCUGGAUGCUGCCCUCUCCGCCCUCAACACACACGGAAAGGUACCAACACGGUUUCUUUUAUUUAUUCUAUACAACCACACCCAUCUCCUGGCACCCAAUGCAAUUGCUCUUCUCUCAACGGAAUCCUACUAACGCAAUACAGUAUGUCCAUUUUUGUGGCUUCUUUCUGAGCAGUGUGUUGCUUGUUGUGUUCCAGGACAAUGUGAGUUCCCUGCUCCCGGUGUUCGAGGAGUUUCUGAAGAACGCCCCCCAGGACGCCAGCUACGACUCAGUCCGCCAGAGUGUGGUCAUCCUAAUGGGCUCUCUGGCCAAACAUCUGGACAAGAGUGACCCCAAGGUCAAACCCAUUGUGGCCAAGCUUAUCACUGCACUCUCCACACCGUCACAGCAGGUACUGGAACAAUCCCUUGAAAAGGACAGAAAGGCCUGCACACUGAAUAUGCUCCCAAUUAUUUGUCUGACGAAGGUCCUUGCUGGAUUGAAACCUUGUCAAUAAAGGUGGUAAUUGGGAGCAUAUUCAAUAUGAGGGCCUAUCUUUUCUUUUCAGGUAUCCUUUAUUAGUCCAGUUUUUUAAGGAUGUGCGUAUGACCACACACUUUUCUCUGGAACAAUCCCUCCCAUUAUUCUUUAUAUGUUUCAUCUUGAUUUCUAUAACCUAUAUGCAUUGACCUUUACAAUGAAAUGCCUUUACAUUGGCCUCAGCUGAGCAUCACUAAGCCUGCUUGUAGUAACUGUUGCCUUGUCUGUCUCUUUCCUCCCAACCUCUCUCAGGUCCAGGAGUCUGUAGCUAGCUGCCUGCCCCCCCUGGUCCCUGCCAUCAGGGAGGAUGCUGGGGGGAUGGUGCGUAAGCUGCUGCAGCUGCUGCUGGAGAGUGACAAGUACGCUGAGAGGAAGGGCGCGGCCUACGGCCUGGCAGGCCUGGUCAAAGGCCUGGGCAUCCUGGCCCUCAAACAGCAGGACAUCAUGAGCACCCUGAGCGACGCCAUCCAGGACAAGAAGAACUUCCGACGCAGAGAGGGUCAGUGACUUCUCGCCAGUUGCUUAACCUUGCUGGGCUCCAUGGUUUAGUUUGUUCUCCUGCUAUCUGUGGCUGUGAUUUUUAACAGUUAUCUCUCUCUCUCUCUCUCUUUUCCAGGUGCCCUGUUUGCCUUUGAGAUGCUGUGCAACAUGUUGGGGAAGCUGUUUGAGCCCUAUGUGGUCCACGUGCUUCCUCACCUCCUGCUCUGCUUCGGGGAUGGGAACCAGUACGUCAGAGAGGUAGAGUUACAUUACCAGCUUCUCAUUUCAAUCCCACCUCCCUCUCUCUUUCCUCCUUUCUCACACAGCACUCAUUUUGCACCUAAUAAUUCUCACAUUCACUCACAUUUUGUUGUGCAUUACACUUUGCCUAACCUCCCUGCCCUUUCCCAGGCGGCAGAUGACUGUGCCAAGGCGGUGAUGAGGAACCUGAGUGCCCAUGGGGUGAAGCUAGUGCUGCCCUCCCUGCUGGUGGCUCUGGAGGAGGAAUCCUGGAGGACCAAAGCAGGUGAGGGUGAACCCACAGCAUCAUGGCCCUUUUUAGAGAGCUCUGAGGACAUAACCAUUCAAAAUCAAUCACCUGUUAGACUUAUUUCAGCUGGUUACUCAUGAUACUAACCCACCUUAACUCUUAUCUUGUUCUUCCUUCCUCUUCCCCCACUACUGCCUCUGCUGCUCCUUCUUUAUCCCUCCUCCCCUCCCUCCAGGUUCCGUGGAGCUCCUGGGUGCCAUGGCGUACUGUGCCCCCAAGCAGCUGUCCUCCUGCCUGCCCAGCAUUGUGCCCAAGCUGACCGAGGUGCUGACUGACUCCCAUGUCAAAGUGCAAAAUGCUGGCCAGCAGGCCCUACGACAGAUCGGUUCUGUCAUCCGCAAUCCUGAGAUCCUGGGUAAGAGUGCUGUGUUAAACUCUGAUAUUUAGUUAGAUAAAUGAGAAACUUCCGUUCAAAGCGGUAUGAAAAUGAUUUUAUUUCAGAUUUGUACUUUAGGGUAGUUACUAACAGUUUUUCUAUACCUCUCAGCCAUAACCCCCAUCCUACUGGACGCCCUCACUGACCCUUCCCGUAAGACGCAUAACUGCCUGCAGACUCUGCUGGACACCAAGUUUGUCCACUUCAUCGAUGCCCCCUCCCUGGCCCUUAUCAUGCCAAUCGUCCAGAGGGCCUUCCAGGACCGCUCCACCGACACUCGCAAGAUGGCUGCUCAGAUCAUCGGCAACAUGUAUUCCCUCACUGACCAGAAGGUACAUAGCAGCACUGGGAUAUUGAGUUGCGUUGUACUACAAUUGAUCUUCUCAAAAUGCUCUACUGUUUAUAAUGUAUGUGUUUCUAAUGGUUGACACGAUGUGUUUGUGUCUUUGUGUUGCAGGACCUGUCCCCAUACCUGCCCAGUGUCAUUCCUGGACUCAAAGCCUCUCUGCUAGACCCUGUGCCUGAGGUAUGUGCUUGUACCAAACAACUCAACAACAAACAUGUGAUUUGGUUACCUGAUAAUAACUCUCGCUCCUUCUCCUCUCCUCUACCAGGUGCGUACCGUGUCAGCCAAGGCCCUGGGUGCCAUGGUGAAGGGCAUGGGUGAGUCGUGCUUUGAUGACCUGAUGCCCUGGCUCAUGGAGACCCUAGCGUCUGAGCAGAGCUCUGUGGACCGCUCUGGAGCUGCCCAAGGUUUGGCUGAGGUGAUGGCUGGGCUGGGAGUGGAGAAGCUGGACAAGCUGAUGCCAGACGUGGUGCAGACGGCCAGCAAGGUGGACAUUGCUUCCCAUGUCCGCGACGGUUACAUAAUGAUGUUCAUCUACUUGCCCCUCACCUUCGGGGACAGGUUCACCCCCUACAUUGGCCCCAUCAUCCCCUGCAUCCUCAAGGUAUGGAGCAUUCUCCAUUCACCACCGUCCCUCCAAUCCCUCUCUCUGGUUGUGAAUACCUUUCACCAGUCUCCCUCUCCUCUUUUUUCAGGCUCUUGCUGAUGAGAAUGAAUAUGUGAGAGACACUGCCCUGCGUGCUGGCCAGCGCAUCAUCAGCAUGUACGCUGAGACUGCCAUCGCACUGCUGCUGCCUGAACUGGAACAGGGCCUGUUUGACGACCUCUGGAGGAUUAGGUCAGACAUCUACUCACAAACAUCAUUUAUGUGAUAUUAUAGGGUGUCCACCCACUCUGCUCAGAACGCGCUUUGGUGAUGACAUUUCACUUCUUUGUGUUUAUAAAAUGCAUUUUACCAAGACAAAUCUGAUUCUUCAUGUUCUGAAUCAUUCCCAUGGAGUCUUUCUCUAACAUAUCAUUAACAUUAUAUCCAAAAAGUCGGAUUUCGUAACCUAAUACAUCUGAUAAUAAGCACCGAGCUCUGUUGACAGUGGUGGAGCUUUCUCGACUAAACGUUUUAGGAUUUUACAUUUUGUGGUCGUCGUCUUCUUCCAAGUUGUUUCUGCAGGUGCAAAUGGCAAAAUUUGAUAAAGAAAAGGAGAGCUGCACACUCUGGGAGCUCAGAUGCAAUCAUUUAAUAACCUAUUAACCAACGUUUCCACAGACAAGCUGUCCUCAUCAGGUUAUAAUAACAAACACUGCAGGGUCACUAGUUUAUAUAGUGUCAAAGGACACACACAGGUGUUUGUAAUCGUGGCCGGGUGUGGCCUGAUAACAUUGGUUAAUUCACAGAUAAACAAAUGGCAAAAUUAGCAUGACACCAGCUGAAUUAAAUGUAAAAAUCUUGCGGUAUGCUCAGUGCUCCAUUGACAUUUUCAGAGAUGCGCUUGUUUUUGUGAGAAGUCUUGAAAAAGAACAGGAACUUUGCAUUAAUAUGAACAGCGUAUACUUAAAUAUGAAAAUACUACCACUCAAAUCGAUAUAUAUCUUACAUCUGUUGUUUUAUGUCCUCCGUAUUUGUAAAGAAAGAUGGCGAGUUCAAUGGUAAGCCUGUCAGGUGGCCUUAAUUCUUGCACAGCAUCCAGCCUAGCUGACGCAAUGCUAUUUUUCCGAUUGUGGACCACAAAACAUCUCUGGCUUCCAUUGAUUUAGUCUCCCUAAUUUUGACCAUCCUACAAGGGUAAACUCAAAUACGUUUUGAAUGGAUUAUGAUCGAGACGUAAGGUUUGGACCAUUGGUUUUCUUUGAGGAUUAUCUACAGAAUUAACAUAUUUGACCCACUCUAGAUAUUAUAUGCAACAUUAUAUAGUAUACCAAAUGCUUUUCUUGGAAAUGGUAGUCUUAACUGAGCCUCCAUGUUGUCUCUGGACCACAGGUUCAGCUCUGUGCAGCUGCUCGGAGACCUACUGUUCCACAUUUCUGGAGUCACAGGCAAGAUGACCACCGAGACCGCUUCAGAGGACGACAACUUUGGCACAGCGCAGUCCAACAAGGUAUACUGACAUGAUUUUCCUGUAUAGAUUGUUGGUUAUAUAAUGGUUGAUAUGAGAAGUAAAUAAUAUUGAAUGUAGUGUCGGUACUGAGCCCUCUUCCUCCUCCCCCAGGCUAUCAUCGGAGCACUGGGUGGAGAGCGGCGUAACCGGGUCCUGUCUGGCCUCUACAUGGGUCGUUCAGACACCCAGCUGGUGGUGCGACAGGCUUCCCUACACGUGUGGAAGAUUGUGGUGUCCAACACGCCCCGCACCCUCCGAGAGAUCCUGCCCACCCUCUUCUCUCUGCUGCUGGGCUUCCUGGCCUCCGACUGCUCCGACAAGAGAACGGUAACUCUACUGCUCCCUAAGUCUAGUAUGUACAGUGCAUUCGGAAAGUAUUCAGACCCCUUCCCUUUUUCCACAUUUGUUAUGUUACAGCCUUAUUCUAAAAUGAAUUAUAUUAAAUACAAAUCCUCAUCAAUCUACACACUACCCCAUAAUGACAAAGCGAAAACAGGUUUUUAGAAAUGUUUGCAAAUGUAUUAAAAAUUAAAAACAGAAACUUUAUUUACAUAAGUAUUCAGACCCUUUGCUAUGAGACUCGAAAUUGAGCUCAGGUGCAUCCUGUUUCCAUUGAUCAUUCUUGAGUUUUUUCUACAACUUGAUUGGAGUGCGCCUGUGGUAAAUUCAAUUGAUUGGACAUGAAUUGGAAAGGCACACACAUGUCUAUAUAAGGUCCCACAGUUGACAGUGCAUGUCAGAGCAAAAACCAAGACAUGCGGUCAAAGGAAUUGUCCGUAGAGCUCUGAAACAGGGUUGUGUCGAGGCACAGAUCUGGGGAAGUGUACCAAAACAUUUAUGCAGCAUUGAAGGUCCCCAAGAACACUGUGGCCUCCAUCAUUCUUAAAUGGAAGAAGUUUAGAACCACCAAUACCGUUCCUAGAGCUGGCCGCCUGGCCAAACUGAGCAAUCGGGGGAGAAGGGCCUUGGUCAGGGAGGUGACCAAUAACCCGAUGGUCACUCUGAAAGAGUUCCUCUGUGGAGAUGGAAGAAACUUCCAGAAGGACAACUAUCUCUGCAGCACUCCACCAAUCAGGCCUUUAUGGUAUAGUGGCGAGACUGAAGCCACUCCUCAUUAAAAGGCACAUGACAGCCCGCUUGGAGUUUGCCAAAAGGCACCUAAAGACUCUCAGACCAUGAGAAACAAGAUUCUCUGGUCUGAUGAAACCAAGAUUGAACUCUUUGGCCUGAAUGCCAAGCGUCACGUCUGGAGGAAACCUGGCACCAUCCCUACGGUGAAGCAUGGUGGUGGCAGCAUCAUGCUGUGGGAAUGUUUUUCAGCGGCAGGGACUGGGGGACUAGUCAGGAUCGAGGGAAAGAUUAACAGAGCAAAGUACAGAGAUCCUUGAUGAAAACCUGCUCCAGAGCGCUCAGGACCUCAGAUUGGGGUUAAGGUUCACCUUCCAUCAGGACAACAACCCUAAGCACACAGCCAAGACAAUGCAGCAGUGGCUUCGGUACAAGUCUCUGAAUGUCCUUUAGUGGCCCAGCCAGAGCCCGGACUUGAACCUGAUCGAACAUCUCUGGAGAGACCUGAAAAUGGCUGUGCAGCGACGCUCCCCAUCCAACUUGACAGAGCUUGAGAGGAUCUGCAGAGAAUAAUGGAAGAAACUCCCCAAAUACAGGUGUGCCAAGCUUGUAGCGUCAUACCCAAGAAGACUCGAGGCUGUAAUCGCUGCCAAAGGUGCUUCAACAAAGUACUGAGUAAAGGGUCUGAAUACUUAUGUAAAUUUGAUAUUUCCCCCAAAAAAAUUGUACAUUUGCAAAAAUGUCUAAAAACCUGUUUUUGCUUUGUCAUUAUGGGGUGUUGUGUGUCGAUUGAGGGGGGAAAAAACAACUUGAUCCAUUUUAGAAUGAUGCUGUAACAAAACAUGGAAAAAGUCAAGGAGUCUGAAUACUUUCCGAAUGCACUGUAUGGAGCUGUUUCCGUAUUGCUCACAACUAUUGAAUGAGAGAGAAUGACACUGCAAUGGAUAGCAGCAGUUUUACGGGCUUCUGACCAAUUCAGCUAUUUUGUAUGUUUUUUGCGCUGGAAGUACCAGUGACCCGCUCAAUAUGUAAGUGGUCCGAUGAAGCGGAUACUAAGCUACAGUACUGUUUUGCUAGCACAGACUGGAAUAUGUUCUGGGAUUCAUCCAAUGGUAUUGAAGGUGUUUACCACAUCAGUUGUCGGCUUCAUUAAUAAGUGCAUUGACGACGUCAUCCCUACAGAGACCGUACGUACAUAUCCCAAACAGAAGCCAUGAAUUACAGGCAACAACAUCCACACUGUUUGAAAUAAGACACAAAUGACUCAAGGGGGAGCCAGAGAUCAAGAUAACCAGAAUUUUAAAAACGUAACCUGUCCUGACCAUCCUCCUCCCGCUCCUACUGGCUUUCGCAGAGUCUGCUGUUACUCUGUUGAAGUUGCUGGUAAUAGGCUACAUGAGGAGUCGGCAAACUUUCUCAUGUGGAAUGCCAAUUUAUCUUACAAUUUCUACCGAUCUACGUGCCAGUUAUGGUUUUCUUAUGCACAUUUUCGUGGAACAGUUUAAUUUCGUCUUCGUAUCUGAAAAUCAUUGUCAUGUGGUUAAUCAAAAUUCUAUCCAAAUCUAAAUGAAAAUGAAACAAACCUAAACUUCUAUUACCAUUGCCAACUAUGGAAAUAUAGCCUAUAAAGCCAACAAAUAAAAACAUUGCAGCCUGCAGGUAGAAAAUUCUCCUGAUAAAAACAAAUAUCCUAUAAAUCACAUUGGCUGCGCAUGGCCUGUCUGCAACGAACUUGAAACAUUGUAUUAACUUGGGUCUGGCCUGAAGCUCACUCGCACUGGCAAACAUUGUGCCAGUGAGCUCGGGACAGACACAGCUGUAGGCUAUUGCGCAAGGGAUAAGAAGUAAUCAGGUAGGCCUAUUUCAUGACGUUUUCACUUGAUCAGAGCAUGACAUUUUUCCCUUUCACGCUGAGUGGUUAUCGAAAGGUAUAGAGCUGGAAAGAUUAUUCCAAAUACUUUGAGGAACUAUUGUCAUUCUCAAUGGAUGUAAAAACAGACUUUGUUUGCUUGCUGUUUGAGAUGAAGAAAACAUUACUUUGAGAUGCUCCACAGCUCAUUAGUGGUGGUGCGUUAAGCCAAUCAGUAAUACUAUCAGAUCCCCAAAUGUAUUUGCCUACAUUUGUGCGCAGGCCAGGAAACGUAUAGGCCUACUUCAAUGUGUAAUCAGGUGCGCGUCCUUAAUCAACAUUGACAGGAGCGCUCCAAACAAAAGACAAUGACUAAAUUGACAAAACUCGUAAAUGGAAUGAAAUAAACCAAAACAUGUUUCUCACAAGUGUAGUAUAGGUUAUGCACUCUGCAAGCAACGUGUCCACUCCGACAAUGAGAACGGUAAAAGACUGGAAUAAUAAUAUAUUUAAUGCAUUAACAGAUAUUACCGUACCCAAACAAACAUUGUAGAUUAGAAAUUACAGCAAUUAAGGGUAAAUGUACUACUGGUGAUUAUAUGUAAUGGGGAAUUAAUAGACACUAACAAUCAAACGCAAACAAUUCACACAAUUAAAUUAAGAAACAAUGAAUGUGCACAAAUUGGCAGGAGAGAGCGCAUUCUGGAGAGACGUGCAUUGUGCAGCCACUCUCCCUUCUUCUUGGACUGUGCCAUCCCCACAGCCGCAAUGGUUUAGUUCACUGAGAUAAGUAUGAAUAAGACAGGUGUCUCGUGUGCCAUUAAAAAAUAAAGAUCUACAGUACCUGUCAAAUUUGGACACACCUACUCAUUCAAGGGUUUUUCUUUAUUUUAACUAUUUUCUACAUUGUAGAAUAAUAGUGAAGACAUCAAACUUUGAAAUAACACAUGAAAUCAUGUAGUAACCAAAAAAGUGUUAAACAAAUCAAAAUAUAUUUUAUAUUUGAGAUUCUUCAAAGUAGCCACCCUUUGCCUUGAUGACAGCUUUACACUCUUGGCAUUCUCUCAACCAGCUUCACCUGGAAUGCUUUUCCAACAGUCUUAAAGGAGUUCCCACAUAUGCUGAGCACUUGUUGGCUGCUUUUCCUUCACUCUGCGGUCCAACUCAUCCCAAACUAUCUCAAUUGGGUUGAGGUCGGGGGAUUGUGGAGGCCAGGUCAUCUGAUGCAGCACUCCAUCACUCUCCUCCUUGGUAAAAUAGCCCUUACACAGCCUGGAGGUGUGUUGGGUCAUUGUCCUGUUGAAAAACAAAUGAUAGUCCCACUAAGCCCAAACCAGAUGGGAUGGCGUAUCGCUGCAGAAUGCUGUGGUAGCCAUGCUGGUUAAGUGUGCCUUGAAUUCUAAAUAAAUCAGACACUGUCACCAGCAAAGCACCAUCACACCACCACCUCCAUGCUUCACGGUGGGAACUACACAUGCAGAGAUCAUCCGUUCACCUACACUGCGUCUCACAAAGACACAGCGGUUGGAACCAAAAAUCUCCAAUUUGGACUACAGCUCAGCAUUCAACACCAUAGUGCCCUCCAAGCUCAUCACUAAGCUAAGGACCUCCCUCUGCAACUGGAUCCUGGACUUCCUGACGGGCCGCCCCCAGGUGGUGAGGGUAGGCAACAACACAUCUGCCACACUGACCCUAAAUACAGGGGCCCCUCAGGGGUGCGUGCUUAGUCCCCUCCUGUACUCCCUGUUCACCCACGGCUGUGUGGCCGCGCACGACUCCAACACAAUCAUUAAGUUUGCCGACGACACAACGGCGGUAGGCCUGAUCACCAAUGACGAUGAAACAGAGACCUGGCAGUGUGGUACAAGGACAACAACCUCUCCCUCAACGUCAGCAAGACAAAGGAGCUGAUCAUGGACUACAGGAAACGGAAGGGCCGAGCAUGCCACCAUUCAGAUCGACAGGGCUGUAGUGGAGCGGUUCGAGAGCUUCAAAUUCCUCUAUGUCCACAUCACUAAGGAUCUAUCAUAGUUCGCAUACAAUAACACAGUUGUGAAAAGGGCAUGACAAUGCCUCUUCCCCCUCAGGAUGGUGAAAAGAUUUGGCAUGGGCCCUCAAAUCUUCAAAAAAUUAUACAGCUGCACCAUUGAGAGCAGAUUGACUGGCUGCAUCACCGCUUGGUAUGGCAACUGCUUGGCAUCCGACCGCAAGGCGCUACAGAGGGUAGUGCGUUCGGCCCAGUGCAUCACUGGGGCGGAGCUCCCUGUUAUCCAGGACCUCUAUACCAGGCGUUGUCAGAGGAAGGCCCUAAAACUUGUCAAAGACUCCAGCCACCCAAGUCAUAGACUGUGCUCCCUGCUACCGCACGGCAAGUGGUACUGAUGCACCAAGUCCAACAGGACCCUGAACAGCUUCUACCCCCAAGCCAUAAGAUUGCUAAAUAUUUAACCCAUUGACCCUUUUUGCACUAACUUUGUGGACUCAUAACAUACAUUGCUGCUACUGGUUAUUAUCUGUCACUUUAUUCCUAGUUAUAUGUAGAUAUCUACCUCAAUUACAGUGCCUUGCAAAAGUAUUCAUCCCCCUUGGUGUUUUUCCUAUUUUGUUGCAUUACAACCUGUAAUUUAAAUGGAUUUAUAUUUGGAUUCCAUGUAAUGGACAUACACAAAAUAGGCCAAAUUGGAGAAGUGAAAUGAAAAAAAUAACUUGCUUCAACAAAUUCUAAAAGAUAAGUAACGGAAAAGUGGUGCGUGCAUAUGUAUUCACCCCCUUUGCUAUGAAGCCCCUAAAUAAGAUCUGGUGCAACCAAUUACCUUCAGAAGUCACAUAAUUAGUUAGAUUGCACACAGGUGGACUUUAUUUAAGUGUCACAUGAUCUGUCACAUGAUCUCAGUAUAUAUACACCUGUUCUGAAAGGCCCCAGUGUCUGCAACACCACUAAGCAAGGGGCACCACCAAGCAAGCGGCACCAUGAAGACCAACGAGCUCUCCAAACAGGUCAGGGACAAAGUUGUGGAGAAUUACAGAUCAGGGUUGGGUCAUAAAAAAGCACCAUUAAAUCCAUUAUUAAAAAAAUUGAAAGAAUAUGGCACCACAACAAACCUGCCAAGAGAGGGCCGCCCACCAAAAUUCACGGACCAGGCAAGGAGGGCAUUAAUCAGAGAGGCAACAAAGAGACCAAAGAUAACCCUGAAGGAGCUGCAAAGCUCCACAGCAGAGAUUGGAGUAUCUGUCCAUAGGACCACUUUACGGAAGAGUGACCAGAAAAAAGCCAUUGCUUAAAGAAAAAAUAAGCAAACACGUUUGGUGUUCGCCAAAAGCCAUGUGGGAGACUCCCCAAACACAUGGAAGAAGGUACUCUGGUCAGAUGAGACUAAAAUUGAGCUUUUUGGCCAUCAAGGGAAAUGCAAUGUCUGGCGCAAACCCAACACCUCUCAUCACCCUGAGAACACCAUCCCCACAGUGAAGCAUGGUGGUGGCAGCAUCAUGCUGUGGGGAUGUUUUUCAUCGUCAGGGACUGGGCAACUGGUCAGAAAUGAAGGAAUGAUGGAUGGCGCUAAAUACAGGGAAAUUCUUGAGGGAAACCUGUUUCAGUCUUCCAGAGAUUUGAGACUGGGACGGAGGUUCACUUUCCACCUGGACAAUGACCCUAAGCAUACUGCUAAAGCAACACAUGAGUGGUUUAAGGGGAAACAUUGAAAUGUCUUGGAAUGUCCUAGUCAAAGCCCAGACCUCAAUCCAUUUGAAAAUCUGUGGUAUGACUUAAAGAUUGCUGUACACCAGCGGAACCCAUCCAACUUGAAGGAGCUGGAGCAGUUUUGCCUUGAAGAAUGGGCAAAAAUCCCAGUGGCUAGAUGUGCCAAGCUUAUAGAGACAUACCCCAAGAGACUUGUAGCUGUAAUUGCUGCAAAAGGUGGCUCUACAAAGUAUUGACUUUGGGGUAGGCAUGGUAGGCAUGUUUAAAUCAAAUGAUACAACCCCCCCAAAACUCCAUUUUAAUUCCAGGUUCUAAGGCAACAAAAUAGCAAAAAUGCCAAGGGGGGUGAAUACUUUCGCAAGCCACUGUACCUUGUACCGCUGCACAUUGACUUGGUACUGGUACCCCGUGUAUAUAGACAAGUUACCAUUACUCAUUGUGUAUUUAUUCACCUUUCUAUUAUUUCUUUAUUUUCUUUCUCUCUGCAUGGUUGGGAAGGGCCCGUAAGUUAGCAUUUCACUGUUGUUUAUGAAGCAUGUGACAAAUACAAUUUGAUUUGAUUUUGAUAACUCUCUUUUGUCCUGUACAUUAGUCACACACUGUAAGACAAUUCAGUAUUCUGUUAUUAGUAUUAUACACUUUUGUCUGAAUUUGAGUGUUUGGAUUCUGUGUUCUCUCCUGCUUCUGAUCCCUGGGUUACUGAAUGUGGCUUCUCUGUGUGGUUCUAGAUUGCUGCAAGGACACUUGGAGACCUGGUGCGUAAGCUAGGAGAGAAGAUCCUCCCAGAGAUCAUACCUAUCCUGGAGGAGGGUCUGCGCUCAGAUAAGAGUGAUGAGAGGCAGGGCGUGUGCAUCGGCCUGAGUGAGAUCAUGAAGUCCACCAGUAGGGACGCGGUCAGUACCUUAGCACAUACCUGGUCACUUUUUAUUUUUAUUCAUCCAUUAUUUAACCUAGAAGUCCCUUGAGAUGAGUAUACCGUUUUCGAGGAAACCUUUAAAUGUCUUAUACAUAGCAGGGUUGUGUUGUGACGUAAUCCCAUGGUAGAGAAGCAAGGUAACAACGUGUGUAUGUUUCCAGGUGCUGAUAUUCUCUGAGUCUCUGGUCCCCACGGUGAGGAAGGCUCUGUGUGACCCCCUGGAGGAGGUACGAGAGGCUGCAGCCAAAACCUUUGAGCAGCUCCACGCCACCAUCGGUCACCAGGCCCUGGACGACAUCCUGCCUGCCCUGCUCAAACAGCUGGUGAGACACACACACACAUUAACCCACUUUACCUCUAACAUCCCUCUGUAUCCACACAUCGUGUUCAGUAAUACUCAAUCCCCUGUCCCUCUGGAGAGGACAGAGGGGACCCACCAUGGAACAGAAUAUAGAGUGAGGUUAAUGUUUCUCUGUGUGUAGGAUGAUGAGGAGACUGCAGAGUUUGCUCUGGACGGUCUGAAACAGGUGAUGGCAGUGAAGAGUCGCUCUGUGCUGCCCUACCUGGUGCCCAAGGUGAGAAGUCCAAACAUUAUACACUACUAACAAUGGUUAAUAUCAAUAAUUGUAUUGUAUUUAUAUAACACUUUUCCUGAAGUAUUUUAUAGUAUGAGUGUAGUUCUGUGUAUGAAUGCUAUCCUCUCCUCUGUCAGCUGACUGCUCCUCCAGUGAACACUCGCGUGCUGGCCUUCCUAUCUGCUGUGGCUGGAGAUGCUCUGACACGCCACCUGGGGGUGAUCCUGCCCGCCCUCUACUCCUCUCUCAAAGACAAACUGGGAACAGAGGAGGGACAGCAGGUAACAACAGCAUUCAUGAUUACAAGAUUAUGGUUGUAAAGCAGUUCCAAGUGCAGGGGCACUAUGGUGGUGGUCUUAACAGUCAUCGUCAUGGGAUAAUAUUAUAGUGGUUCUUAGUGGGCGGUUGUGGGCACUAGAUGAUAGGUACGUCCCCAGGUUUAUAUUACCCCUGCCCCUCCCCUCCUCUAGGAGCUGGCUAGCUGCCAAGCAGUGAUCCUGUCUGUGGAAGAUGAGGUGGGUCAGCGUAUCAUCAUCGAUGACUUGCUGGAGGCCACCAGGUCACCUGAUGCCGGUCUCAGACAGGCCGCCGCCACCAUCCUCAACGGAUACUUCUCCCGUACCCGCCUGGAUUACAGCGCCCACACACGCAACCUGCUGUCAGGCCUCAUCCGCCUGCUCAACGACUCCAACCCUGAGGUCCUGGUGCAGAGCUGGGACGCCAUCAACUCCAUCACCAAGGUUAGAAGUUGGCACCAAGAGCAUUACAGGAACUGGGAAUGAGUUUGUCCGGGUUUACUGAAGUCAUACAGUAUUUAUGAAUGUGUUGUGGAGCAUUAUGCAGCAUUGAUUUCAUAGAUAACCAAAGGCCACUAGGUACUCUGGUUAACUGACAUAGUAUGUAUCAAUAUGUGAGGUAAUGUUAAACUCUUGUUUGUUUUUGUAGAAACUGGACGCUGGCAGCCAGCUGGCUCUGAUUGACGACCUGCACAGAGACAUCCGGUCAGUGGCAGCAGAUGUCAAGGGUCAGCACCUGCCUGGGUUCUGUCUUCCCAAAAAGGUAGGCCUCUCUCUCUCCUCUUGACACGUACAGUCACAUCAAGUUACUCCACCUCAAGCUGACUAAUUUUUAUGUAUCCUUCUGCUCUCCCCCUCUCCUCCUCUUUCCCUCUUCUCUCCCUCUCUCCUCCUCUUUCCCUCUUCUCUCUCCCUCCCUCCUCCUCUUUCUCCCUUUCCCUCUUCUUCUCCUCUUUCCCUCUUCUCCAGGGUGUGACCUGCAUCCUACCAGUGUUGAGGGAAGGAGUGUUGACAGGCAGUCCUGAGCAGAAAGAGGAGGCUGCCAAAGCGCUGGGAGGAGUCAUCAAGCUGACCUCCCCUGAGGCUCUCCGACCGUCUGUGGUCAACAUCACUGGACCACUCAUCCGUAUCCUGGGAGACCGCUUUGCCUGGAACGUGAAGACCGCUCUACUAGAGACACUCACCCUGCUGCUGGCCAAGGUCAGUGUCUGCUGAUGAUUCUAUCUGAUGUUAAAGGUUGUGUUCGGUAAGCACAAAAUGGGAGAGGGGAAAAACAUUUUGAAAUGUGGUUAAUACAUGAAAUAGUCCAAAAAGAAAAAUGUUUGCUUAACGUUUUCCCCUUUUGUGCCUACUAAACACAAUCCUGUUGUUUCCUCCCUGCUGGAAGAAUGGUUGGUGUCUUGCUCUGGUCCUGACCCUGUUGCUCUGUCCCUGUCUCCAGGUGGGCAUAGCCCUAAAGCCCUUCCUGCCCCAGCUCCAGACCACCUUCCUGAAGGCUCUGCAGGACUCCAGCCGGGCGGUCAGGCUGAAGGCUGCUGAGGCCCUGGGCCAGCUGGUCUCCAUUCACAGCAAGGUGGACCCCCUGUUUACAGAGCAGCUCUCUGCCAUCCACAAUGCUGAGGACUCAGGAGUCCGGUAUGCAAAACCAGGGAAUUCUGGGAAACUGAGAAACACAAUGUGAAGAGUAGUGAUCAGUUCCAUAUAGGAUUCCUCUCAUUUAGGAUUUUGUGGGGGAUUGAUUAGAUUCAAUCAAUCAGCCUAGUGUUUUGCUCCCUUUUUUCAGGGAGACCAUGCUACAAGCCUUACGAUUCGUCAUCCAGGGAGCAGGGUCAAAGGUCGACCCAGCCAUUAGGAAGAACAUCACCACCACAUUGCUGAGUAUGCUGGGACAUGAUGAGGUAUGUCUAUGAGCAGAUACACUGACUAGAGCAUUUAUUAAUGCAACGGAGAUGUUUUUAAGGUAGACUACUGAUCUUCCCCCCCCCCCGUCUCUCAAUGGUAAUUGAUAGAAUUGAGUAUAAAACAAUUUCAGUUUUAUCUUGCUUGCUAAUUAUAUCAUAAACCUGCAAUACUGAACCUGGCAUAAGGACACAUUCAGAUCCAUGUUUUAAUGACAGGAUCUUUCACAGUGCAAUGUUUCAUUUUACCUCUGAUCAGACUAGACUUCCGUCAGUCUAGGCAGGAUGUGGCUUUAUGAAAGCGGUUUUAGGCCUUGUCAGCCAGUGUGUAUGAAAGCCUUAUGUAGAAUCAUGUCGUUCUAACUUUGUGUGUGUGUAGGAUGCUACACGCAUGUCCUCAGCAGGUUGUGUAGGAGAGCUGUGUGCCUUCCUGUCUGAAGAGGAUCUGAGGAGUGUGUUGCUUCAGCACGUCCUAGGUAAGAAUUUACACUGUCACACCAUACUCUCCCCUACGCACUACCCUUUAUAUAGCACAAACAUUAACACAUGAUAAAAGGUAUUCACACAUUCAUUAACACUAUCAUUUCUAACACUUAACUCUCACUCUAUCAACACUAUAAUGUAGUGAGGAAAGACUUCUGUUUAAUCUAUUAAAAAUGUUCCUGCUCUUCUACUAGCUGACAUAUCAGGCGUGGACUGGAUGGUGCGUCAUGGUCGCAGUAUGGCUCUGGCCAUCGCAGUCAAGUCUGCCCCUGAGCAGCUGUGUGUGGAGGAGUACAGUUCAACCGUGACUGAGGCCAUCCUGGCCAAUGCCACCGCAGACAGGGUAGGAACGUCAUACAUUUGGUCAGAUCUAAGUGGAUACCGCUCCCUUUAGCUUACUCAUUCUGUUCACCCAGACCGUGGAAGGAUUGGCUUGUCAAACCAUCACCUUCCAUACCUCGUUCUCUUCUCUGACUAAACACUGUACUGUCGUCUCCUCCAGAUCCCCAUAGCUACAAGUGGGAUCAGAGCCAUGGGCUACCUGAUGAGACAUCAUCUCAGAACCGAGGAAGGAAGUGGCUCAUCACAGCGCAUCAUCACACAGUUUGUCAAGGUGAGGCAGGGGGGUAUUUUCUCAGGAGCCGUCUGUUACGUCACUUUUUUCCCCAUUUACAAAAUGAAUGUUUCUCAAAUCAAGCACUGAAAGUGGGUAUAUUGUUAAACACUGUGGCUGCAUGAGUAUGGACAUAUCUGUAAGAAAUAAGAACACUAUGACAGUGCUCCUCUGAGGAUUUGUCAGUAACCUCUCCCCUGUCAUUUCCCCUGCAGUGUCUCCAGAACCAGUCCAGUGACAUCAGGCUGGUGUCGGAGCGGGUGCUGUGGUGGGUGUUUAAGGACGAGGCCACGCCCUCCCUGGAGCCAGCCCUCAUCAAGCCUCUGCUGAAGAGCCUGCUGGACAACACCAAGGACAAGAACACCAGUGUCCGAGGCCAAAGCGAACACACCAUCGUCAGUCUGCUCCGACUGCGCCAGGGAGAGCAGACCAUGCAAGUCAGUGACAAACACACUUGCACAAAUAAACGUUCACACAGUAUCAAUACUCUUUAUAAAGAAGAUAAUACUUGGCCUGAUGGAUUUGAGUUGUGCGUGCAUUCACAAUACAAUCUGUGAUGUUAUGUUUGUCUUUCAGAGCGUUAGUGCCAUCCUUGACUCCGCUAGUAAUGAGCUGCUGUCCGAGUGCCACCGCCGCUCCCUGAAGAAGAUCACCAGCCUUCCGGACUCUAACGAAGAGAUUGACGACACCAUCCUCACGUGAUAGACAGGAUUUAACCGAGCUUAAAAAAUUCAUACUGUUGCUCAUGUACUCAGAAAAGACCUCCACAGCAAUCAAGAGAAACUAAGCUGUUAUGUCUCAUAAAUACAUACAUCUAUGGAGAGAACCCUCACACACACAUACAUCCCCAUUAACUCCAUGUUAUCCAUGGACCAAGGAUGAGUAUGAACACUCACUUUCCUUUAUAUUCCCACCUCUUUGGACAAUUGUCUUGUUUUAGUGGCUCUAUAAACAUACAUUUAUAACAUUGGUUCUCUCUCACAAAGUGCAGGUAAAACUCCUGUUAGCUCACUGCAUAUAGUAUUUUGUCCCAAUUCCCUUUUGACAUUUAAAUGUAUUCAAUGUCCCUCUUAUUUUACUGAAUUUAUUUCGAGCAUCACUGACACCAGUGUAACAAAGCAGCAAUUACAUUUAUACGGCUGCUUUUCCACAGUUUUAUCCCUCUUUUUUUUUUUUGUGUGUGUGAUAGAGUUGUGUGGGGAAAGCAACCAGUUAUCAUGAUAAAGUUGAUAUUCUUAUCAAUUAUAUGGUUGUAAAAAAACAAAUCAAAUAAAACUUGACUUGAUAA